AGAAAUCAUAAAUAAAAAAAAAUAUUAAAUUUGCAAAGUAAUAUCUAUUUAACUAUUCGUUUCCCACAAAUUUAAUCUAUUCACAUCAUAAAUCUAAUUACUCUGUAAUAUUUAUUGAUUAUUCUCAAAAAGGACAAGCUGUUUUGAUGAGUAGGGAUAAGACACUAACAUUAUAAAAUAAACAAGCAAGAUUUUAAAAGGAUUAUGUUCUGGAAAACUAUAUGGAUGGAUCUCUAUCUGAAGAAAACGACGAAGAAGAUUAAGAGGAGGAUUAGUUUAUUAAAGGGAUGAAAAUAUAAGAGAAGCUUAUAUUUGAUAAUAAAGUGCAGAAUAGCUAGAAAGUGCAGUUUGAAAGUGACUAAAAUGAUAGUGAUGAAGAUUCAAAUUAAAUAGUAGAUUUAAAAAAUGAUCUAAAGAAAAAGAUGAUUGAAAAAAAUAUGUUAUCAUAUGAUUAAAAGGAUAACUUAGAACAAAGGAAAGAUGUUGACAACUUAUUAAAAAUUGGUAAGAAAUAAGCAGCAAAAGAUUCAGUUGUUCAUAAAAACCAGUAAAAAUUUAACAAUCAAGUAGAUGAAUAGCUAAAAAAGCAAAACUUAGUUCUGAAAAAAGGACCUAUAAAAUCUGGAUUUGAUGUAAUAGCAAGCACCAAUUAAGUUUUAAAAAAGUAAUAUGAGGAAUCUGUAAGAUUAGAAGAAUAUGAUUAACAAUUUUCUUAAAAAGAGCAAAAAUUUAUAGAGAUGAUAGAUAGUUUGAAGUUUUAAAACAAGAAGAAAGAGUUAUAAAUUGUUUAAUUAAAAGAAAGUUUGAUGCAGUAAUAAAAAAAGCUGAAUGGUGAUAAUUAUGGAUAAAGCUAGAUAUUUAACGUCUCCGUACAUGCAAAUAAUAGCAAUAUUUUAUUUAACAGCUCUUAUUAUAGUAAUAAAUUUGUGACUACUUUAAAUUAGCAUAGCAUUUUAGGUUGUAGAGCAACAAGCAAUUUUAUCCUUAAAGACAACGAAGAAAACUAAAAACUUAUUUAAUCCAGAAUUGAAGAUCUUAAAGAGCAGUUGGAAGAUCAAUAAAAAAAAUAAUUUCAUGAAGAAACAUAAAAUGAAACUUUAGAGUUUAAAAUAAAGGAAAUGUAAGCGACGAAAGUUGUUUUGUAAAGAGAAAUACAAAAUAAUUAACUGCUACUUAAGAAUUAUGAUACAUAACUAAAUGAUUUAAGUGAAAAGCUAGAACAAUAUGAAAAAUAAGAAAGUAGCAUGAAAAAUUAAUGCAGUGUAAUGAAUAAAUUUAUAGCUGCAGACGAAGAACAAAAAAAAGAAUUUUUAAAUAAAAGAAAGGGAAAUUAUGAAUGCUAUAAAAUGGAUAUUAAAGAUGCUUUACAGGAACACAAUUAAAUUCAGUAACAAAUAGAAAAGGCUACAAUAUAAAUUGAAAAAAUGAAGCUAGAAAUUGAAGAAUUAGAUUACCAUGCUAAAGUUAAGCGCUAACAAACUUAGUAAUCUUCAGAAAUUUUGAGCAUUUUAGAAAAUUUUGAUCUGCUUUGUGAUGUUUUUAUAUAUAACGAUCCAUCAAUAUCAAAUAUUAUGGAGAUAGAAAAUGCAUAUGAAUUAACAAACAAAAAAAAAGUUGUUGGUUUUCAUUAGCCUCAAGUGGCGAAUAAUAACGAUGCUGUUUCCUAAAAAUAAAAUAAAAAAAGAAAAGCUUAAAAUAGCAAUCAUAAUAAUGCAGAUCAAGUUGCAAAUAGUAAUAGUACUAAUAAUGUUAGUAACAAUAAUCCACCUUCUCUUCCUAACAAAGAUAAUUCUUAAAUACCUCAGGUUAUUUAAUCAUAAACUCCAAACACACAGCAACUAUCAGCUCUCCCACCGGGUGUUAUUUAAAGAAUCUAAUCAAAUUUUAACUCAAAAGAUAAUUCCCCAUCUAGUAGAAGUAAAACAAAGACUAACGAAGAAAAUCCUAACGAUUAAUUAAAAUCAAAGUAAUCAAAUGCUAAUGGAUCAUCUUUGAAUAAAUCCUUCACUACUCUCUCAAAAGAAGUAGAAACAAACCAAGACUUAUAAAAAUCCAAAGAAGGAUCUCAAGUGUGUAUUGAGGAACCAAAAGUUGAUUAAGAUCCUGAAGAAUUAGAUUAGGCAGAGAUAAUAGAGUAAAACAUACCCAAAUACAAAUAAGGAGACAUAAUCUUGAGAUUAACUUAAUUCUAUGCCUUCCAUAGAAAUGAUGUGGAAAAAGCAGUAAACUAAGUAAUUCAGACUUUUAAAAGUUAUAACAAUGACCAUGAUACUUUAAAGACCAGGAUUGUAGAUUUGUCUAUAUAAAAAAAGAAUUAUACUUUUUUAUAUAAAAAAUAUGAAAACGAGCUACUAGAAUUCAAACUUAUUUAUGGUGAUAUCAAAUAAUAAGAAGAAGAAGAGGAAUUGUAAAAAAGAAUUAAUAGAAGAUUAAAUAUUUAUAAUGAUAAUGGCGAUUAAGAUGCAGAAUCAAAAAAUUUGCUUUUUACAAAUAAUAAAAAGAAUAAUUUUAAUGAGUAAAGCAAUGAAUAGAUUUAAGCUUUUGAUGCUUAAAUUUUUGAAGGUUAACUAUUUUUAUUUUUAAAUGAAAGUCUUUUCAGAAUUUCAAAAACUAUUAAUUCUGUUAAAUACAUAAUUUGCUAUAGUGAGCUAUUUAAGGAAGAUAUGGAUGUGUAGAAUUAUUAUUUCAAAAAUGAUCUCUUUUAAGAAAUAUAGGAUAUUUUAAAGUUUUCCCUUAAUACUAAGAUGAUUUACUAAGAAGAAGAUGUACCCUUUAUUUAAAAUAAGUCAUUAGAUGAUGUAGAAAAGACUGCCAAUGGUUCUAAUAGAUAAAGCAUAACUGGAGAUGCACUGAGAAACUAAAUACUGGUAAAAGAAUAAAUGAAUGAAAAAUUAACUCACAAUCAAAUAGCCUUAGCUCGCUCAAUAACAUAAAAAUAUUAAAAAUCAACCAUAAAUAAACUAGCUGAUAUAAAGAAUAUAUUUUUAGAGAAGUUUUCUCCUCAUCUUAAAAAGCACGAUAAACUUGACACCCUUUUAGAGCUGAUUAGGAAUGAUAUUGUUAUUAUGUAUUUUUGUUCUAUAGAGAUAUUUCUCAAAUUUACAGGUGACAUAAAAGAGAAGUUUAUGAGGGAGUAUGAUGUAGAACAAAUUAAAGAUGAUAAAUAAAUUGAGAAUUUGUAUUCAUACGCUUUGUAUCACUUAAAUGAAUUAAGAGAUUUAGGUGAGUAGAAUUUUAGAGCUUAUUUGAGAAGAUUAAUUAACUACUUAGAAUACUUAUUACUACAUAUCUAUCUUUAAUCUGAUAAAGUUUGGUAUGAUAUCAAAGCAUACGAUCCUAAUUUUUUCCUUCAAGAUUCAAAGAAAGCUUAGUAGCAAUAAAAGAAAAAAACUAAAAGAACUUGGAGAGAAAAGUUAGUUUCUAACAAAAUAAAGGCUUAUGAAGAUUACCUGGGCUUAGAAUUAGAGAAAAAUGAAAAUUUAAAUGCUUCAAUGGGAGUUCUUUUGAAAGAGUAAAUUACUCAUUUUUUAAAUAGUGAUGGGUAAAAGAGCGAUUAAGUAAGCGACUCAGAAGAGAAGUAGUUUUUUGAGGAAAAAAGAGACAACUUAAAAUUUCCAAAAGUUGCUGUUAAGCUUGAAUAGAAGAGAAAACCUUAUGAACUAUUAAAAGAGGAAAGAGAUGAUGAAAAUAGCACAGACAAUACAAAUGCAACCUCUAAGUUUGUAGAAAACAUUUUUAACUAAAAUGAAACUCAUAAACAAGAAAAACAAAUAGUAAGAAUUGAUAAAGAAAAAAUGAAAGAUGAACUAUAGAGAUGCAUUGGGAUAAAGAAAAACUUUUAAAGAAUGAUUUAAGAAGCAGAUUUAUCUGCACUAUCAAAAACUUAAGGAACUAACCAUAAUUCUAGUUAUAUUAAUUCCUCUUCUCUUAAAUUAACUUCAGCAUCUCUAGUAAAAACUGAAGAGAAUCAAUCAGUGCAUAAUUAAAAUUAUCCUUUCUCUAAAGUAUUUUAUACUUAUAAGGCAAAAUAGUUUAAGCAACCUUUAUUGCAUUAAAGAAAUAGCUAAGUUAAUUAAAGUUUACAAAAUAAUAAAAAAGAAGAACCCAGUUAAUAAAACAAUGUUCAAAAAAGGUCAAAGAGAUCAGUAAGCUAUUAACAAAGUAAUUAAAAUAAUAAUAAUAAUUCUAGUCAAGAUAAUUUAAAUUAAAUGCCAUCUACAGAAAGAAAAAUAAAAACUUCUUAAGAAACAAAAAAGUAUGAACAUAAAAAAUAAUAAUCUUUACCUAUAAUAAAAAAUUAAAAUAUUCAGCUUUCAGCUUCCUAAAGAAAUAUAUCCAAGUAUUUAUUACCUCACUAAAGACACAUUACUAACCCUUCAGCUUAGAGUAUAAGAUAUGAUCCUAACUCUUCUCGUAUAACUGAUAACAAAAGCGAAGCAGGUUUUACUAAAAAAAAUUCUUUAGCUGGUAUACCGUUGUCAGAAUUUAAUGGUCUUUCCUCAUAAGGUACUCUUUUACAUAAAGGAGAUAGCUAGCAAUCUUUUAGCAAGAAGAGUCUAAAUAAAUAAUAAAUAGGAGGCUAUUAAUUAGAAGAUUUACUUGGAAAGUAGAUAAUAAAUGCAGGGAGUGAGCAUGAUAUCAUCCACUCUGGGAUUUUAAGUGAUGAUUUUAAUAAAAAUAAAAGCAUAUUUCCUAACAUUCCUUCAAACAGCAACUACAAUUAUCAUUAAUUUGCAAACAAAGAUAGUAGUGUUUUAAUUUGAAAUAUUCUUUAUUACUAUUUAUUAUAAACCUGUAAAUACUAUACUAUACUGACUUUAUUGAUAAAUUAUAUUUAAUAUGAUAAUUUCGUAAAUAAAUUCUACAUAAAAUUAACUCUUAGA